AGACCCUUCUCAAAGAGAACAUCGUGUUGCUCGUGAUCCGUUACAAACGUUCCCCAAUAAAAUCUAACCAUGUCUGGCCGUGGAAAGGGAGGAAAGGUAAAGGGAAAGGCAAAGUCCCGUUCCAACCGUGCCGGUCUUCAGUUCCCCGUUGGCCGUAUUCAUCGUCUCCUGCGCAAGGGUAACUAUGCCGAGCGCGUCGGUGCCGGAGCGCCCGUGUAUCUGGCAGCCGUCAUGGAAUACUUGGCCGCUGAAGUGCUUGAGUUGGCCGGAAACGCUGCCCGUGACAACAAGAAGACGCGCAUCAUCCCGCGUCAUCUGCAGCUGGCCAUCCGCAACGACGAGGAGUUGAACAAGCUGCUGUCCGGAGUAACCAUCGCUCAGGGUGGUGUGCUGCCCAACAUUCAGGCCGUGCUGCUGCCCAAGAAGACCGAAAAGAAGGCUUAAACUGUGUAACAAAGCUUCCUUCAUCUCAAACCCAAAACCGU